CAUCACGAAGCAUGUUGAGUCAGCAAAUACCAUGCUUUCAUUUAUAUGGUGGGUCAUUGGGUUCUAUUGGGUAACUGCCGGUGGCCAGAAUUUGACGAGGGACUCACCUCAGCUUUAUUGGAUCUGCAUUACAUUCCUUGCUUUUGAUGUUGUGAUUGUGCUGCUUUGUGUUGCUGUUGCAUGUCUGAUUGGUAUUGCUGUUUGCUGUUGCCUGCCAUGCAUACUUGCUAUCCUGUAUGUUGUAGCAGAUCAGGAAGGGGCAACCAAGGAAGAAAUUGAGCAGUUGCCAAAAUACAAGUUCAGAGUGAUAAAGGAAUCUAAGAAAGAAGAUGAUAUUCCAGAAUCUUCCAAAGGAAUAAUGAUGCAAUGCGACAGCGAAGCAACUGCCGAACAUGCUAUUGCCUUAGAAGAUGCAGAAUGCUGCAUCUGCCUUUCUGCCUAUGAUGAUGGUGCUGAACUCAGAGAACUUCCAUGCAACCACCAUUUCCAUUGCACGUGCAUCGACAAAUGGCUGCUUCUAAAUGCCACCUGUCCUCUCUGCAAGUUAAACAUUUUAAGGACUAGUAAUCACCACCAAGAAGUUUGAACCAAGCCCUUCAAUGAAGUUCAUUAGGAGAAAACCAAUCUGUUACAUCCAUCUCAGUGAUGUAUAUUUCAGAGCUAACCAUAUUCCGAAACACUUUGUUUCUGAGUUUGUAUAAAGAAGUUGAAUUCUCCUUAUUUAUCUCAUAAUAUAUAUGGCCAUGAAGCUUGAAUUGAAUAUUCAAAAAUCCGUGUAUAAAUGUCGUUGGUCUCCUGUAAUUUCACAUUUGAUAAAUAUAAUAAUAUAUAUGCCAUUUUCAAAAGUA